CUGCACUACGGGACCCUGCUGGGCAGCAGAGCUUGUGCCACCAUGGCAGCAGCUGCCUGCGGCACUGGGCUUCUCUAUGCUGUGUUGCACACUGCCAAUACAUUUUCUCUGCCUCUCUGCCAAGGCAAUGCUGUGGAUCAGUUCUUCUGUGAAAUCCCCCACAUCCUUAAGCUCUCCUGCUCACAGUCCUAUCUCAAGGAAAUUGGGCUUAUUGCGCUUAGUGUCCUUGUGUUUUUUGGGAGUUUUGUCUUCAUUGUUGUGUCCUAUGUGCAGAUCUUCAGAGCCGUGCUGAGGAUGCCCUCUGAGCAGGGACGACACAAAGCCUUCUCCACGUGCCUCCCUCAUCUGGCCGUGCUCUCCCUGUUUCUCAGCACUGGCAUGUUUGCCUACCUGAAGCCUCCCUCCAUCUCUUCCACUUCCCUGGAUCUGGUGGUGGCUGUUCUGUACUCAGUGGUGCCUCCAGCACUGAACCCUAUUAUCUAUAGUAUGAGGAACCAAUUGCUCAAGGAUGCUCUGUGGGAACUGAUGGCCAAAUGUCUUUUGAAAGCAAUGAACUGCCCAUCUUUAUAUAUGUAGGUCUUGUAAUGCAGAUUUUUACAGAAACACACUGUUUUAUUUUGGAUUGUGUGGGUGUUUUUUUGUUUGUUUGUUGGUUUUGUUUCGUUAAGAGCAAUAUAGUAAAAGCUUUACUCCAUAUUUCAACUACUCAGAUGUGUCUCACUGUGUUCAAUAAAGCAAUGGACUUGAAGCAACAUAGAAGAAUUAGUCUUGGAUUUCAACCUGCUGCCAACAAGAAAGUGUACAUAGACAAAUAUGCGUCUAGAUCUAUAAAAUUUGAAGAUUAAAACUGAAGUAAUAGAAGGAAUGAAAACAAGGAAAUUUAUUUUUGCUUUCCACUUAUUUUUACCUGAAAUAAAAUAUGAAGUGUUCAACAAAUUGUACUUACAAGGCAUUUUAGUACAAGUUUUCAGCUGAAUAUUCUAGUUUACAUGGAGCUGUGUGCUCACUUGAACACAAAUGGAGCUAAGAACAGUAGGUUCUCAAACCUUUCCAGCGUUUUCCACUCAAGAGGAAGUUUCCCCUUAAAGACUGAAGAUAUGUGGACAGUGCCUGCAAGAAGGUCAAAAUUAUUUCAACUUCUCAGAUUUGUCAUCACCCGGAUCAUUUCCUAUU